AUGAGCUGUGGCGUCACCCUGGGGCUCUUCUGGUCCCCUCUGCUCUUGCUGUGCCUGCAAGCCAUGCUGGGCUGGGCUCAUCCGGUGACCUGGAGUCCCUCCAGCCAAGAGCUGGAAUCCUUGCAGGACCUCCUGGAGCGGCUGAAGGAGAAGUUUCCACAAGGAGAAAGGGACUCUCUGGAACUGGCAGCCUUCGACUAUGGGGCAGGCCCCGAAGACGAUGGUGCUGACUUGGACCUCAUGGAUUCGGAGCCCCUCCCCCCCAGCCUGCUCAAUUCCCAGGGCCCCCUUCAGCAGGCCGAGGUGGAAGACCAGUGGAGAAGAUUCCUGGCCUCUCCAAAGCGCAGGCGGCAUUUCUCCGGAUGCUUCGGGACCAGGCUGGAGCGGAUCGGAUCCCGGACGGGACUCGGGUGCAACUUCUUCAAAGCCCGUAGGUCUUUUUGA